AUGGUCAGUGGCACGCCGUGGCACGUAAUGACUGAGUGGGUGCGCACGUACGGCUCUGUCGUCCGCUUCAAUUUCUUCAACCUGAACUACAUCGUGGUGGCCGACCCCGACUUGGUGCGGCAUGUGUUUGCCACCAACCUCAAGAACUACCGCAAGGACCGCAGCUCCUACUCGCCUUUCCUCCCAUUGCUCGGCACCGGCGCGGACCUCAACUGUUGGCACGGCCGACAUACCCUCCGCAGUUUAAUUGGGGCGGCUUUCCGAGUGGAAAUCUUGGCUGAGGCGGCGACCAUUGCCCUGGAGGCCACGCAACGACUUGUGGAGAAACUGGAAGGACUCGUCGCCAAAAACGGUGGACAAGCCGUCGUCGUCGAAAUGGGUGAAGAGUUCAGGCUACUUACGCUUCAGGUGAUCGGUCAGGCCGUACUGUCCAUGUCGCCGGAAGAGUCGGACCGCGUGUUCCCGCAGCUCUAUCUGCCCAUCGUCGAGGAGGCCAACGCCCGCACGUGGUACCCCUGGCGGGCGCUCUUCCCCACCGAGAGUUGGCGCGCCUACUACCGCUGCAUCAAUGAGCUGAACGCCUUCGUCACCGACGUCAUUCGGAGGCGCGCGCAUGCUUUCGAUGAGGGCAGGGACCCCUGUGAAGGACGCAACGUCGACGUGCUGGAUCGCAUUUUGCUCGGUGUGCAGCAGGCAGCUGACGCCGACGACGCAUCCGCGGGCGAAUCCCCCUUCACGGACGAGGUGAUUAGACAACUUCGCGACGAGAUCAAAACCUUCCUCUUUGCUGGCCAUGAAACUUCGAGCAUGAUGUUGACCUGGACUCUGUACGAGCUUACACAAAACGACCGCUGCAUGGAGCGUGUCCUCGGAGAAGCCAAUACUGUGUUCGUGCCCGAGGUGGAGUCGGCAGGCCCGGAUUAUGCUGCCUUCAAGGAUCUGAGCUACUCGGCGAACGCCCUCAAGGAAGCCCUUCGCAAGUACGCCAUCGUCCCUGUGGUCACAAGACAGGCGGUGGAGGACGACGUCAUCGGGAGGUAUCAGAUCCCUGCGGGCACGAGAGUGAUCGUGCCGAUCAUCGCCAUCCACCAGAAUGCAGAGCUCUGGCCACAGCCCACCGCUUUCCGCCCGGAGCGGUUUGAGACCUCCCCGCCCCACGCUUAUGCUUGGCUAGGGUUCAUCAACGGGCCUAGGGCGUGUCUUGGCCAACAUUUCGCCCUCCUCGAGUCCAAGAUCGUGCUGAGCCGCCUGGUGCAAAAGUUCCGGUUCGAGGCCUGCGCCAAGACCUCGGGUGAUAAGCACCCCUACAAGAUUCCCAUCUGCCCUAUUGAUGGCAUUCACGUCCUUGUCACGCCAAGGGCUACGCAGUAG